AUGGUCUCGCUACCGACGCUCAGCCCAGCUGAGCUCAACGCUGCGGCUCUGGAGUAUUUCGUCUACCAGCCUGUCGACAAGAAGAUGAUUAGGUACCUCGCCAAGGCCGCCGCCGAUGUGAUCCAGUGCGAUCCAACCAUGAUGCCCCCUCCGGCACAGACAGGACGACCGAGAUACCCGUCGCCGCCAAGGGAAUCAGCUCCAAGAGCGGUCAGGUCCAGCGAUGGGGCUUUGCCCACGGUCGAAGAGUUCAUCACCCAGCUGGUGAUCUCAUCCAACGUCCAGGUACCAACACUCAUGUCGUCGCUGGUCUACCUUCGGCGCCUCAAGUCCCGGCUCCAGCCCAUGGCCAAGGGCCUACGCUGCACCACCCACCGCAUAUUCCUUGCCGCCCUCAUCCUGGCGGCCAAGUACCUCAAUGACAGCAGCCCCAAGAACAAGCACUGGGCCAACUACAGCGUCGUCUCGACGCAUGUCUACAACUUUGGCUUCAGCCGCACCGAGGUCAACCUGAUGGAGAAGCAGCUGCUGUUCCUGCUAGACUGGGACCUGCGCAUCACCGAGGAGGACCUUUACCUCGAGCUCGACCACUUCCUGGCCCCCAUCCGCGCUGAUGUUGAGGCCCGGCACGCGCGCCGCAUGCGCAAGAAGUACGAGCAGGAGAUGCGCGAGUGCCAGCUGCAGGAGGAGCGCCUCGCUCGCCAGCGCGAGCGCGAGGACGAGGCCAGGCUUUGGCGCGCGCUUGCGCAGCCUCAAGCUCAACAACCGCCGGUCCACACUGAGAACCAGUCGAUCGCCUAUGCCACCCCUCCCUCCUCGCGAGGCUCUUCCCGCUCUCGCCAGACGGCCUACACCCCGUCUCACUCCCGCGGUAGCAGCCGCGACGUGUCCCCGCCGGGCCUCUACUCCAGCAACUCGUCCUACGCGGGAUCCACCAGCUCGCGCGCGACCACCCCGUUGAGCGAAGCCGACAUCACCACCGCCCACCGGCCGUACAUCUAUGACGCGCCCGAGGGUCGCAUGUGUGACUCGCCGGUCGUGGAGGCCGAGGUCUACGACCGGCCGACCGUGCCGGAUAAGGAUCCCGUCUACACUCUUGGCGGAAGGAAGCCUGCAUCCAAGCAAAUGCUCCCCUACGAGAUCAGUGCCGACGACUUGAGGAGCCUCGAGGAGUCGGGCCGGGGAGGGGGUGUUGUCUCGGCGAAGCGGAUGAGGGGCGUGCUGGGCAGGGUCUUUGGCGGUGUGGCUUCGCGCUGA